GAAUAUCUCCUUGAAAAAUCCAGAGUUAUAAAACAGGCAACGGGAGAGAAAAAUUUUCACAUAUUUUACUACAUUUAUGCCGGUCUUUAUCACCAAAAGAAACUUUCUGAGUUCAGACUUCCUGAGGAAAACCUCCUAGGUAUAUAGCUGAUGAAACUGGAAGAGUCAUGCAUGACAUAAUUUCCAAGGAGUCUUACAGAAGACAGUUUGAAGCAAUUCAGCAUUGUUUCAGGAUUAUUGGGUUCUCUGAGAAGGAGGUGCACUCCGUGUACAGAAUUCUGGCUGGGAUUUUGAAUAUUGGGAACAUUGAGUUUGCAGCUAUUUCCUCUCAACACCAAACUGAUAAAAGUGAGGUGCCCAAUGCUGAAGCUUUGGAAAAUGCUGCUUCUAUUCUCAGUAUCUGCCCCAAAGAGCUGCUGAAGGCCCUCACGUCCCACUGCGUGGUCACCCGGGGCGAGACCAUCGUCCGCGCCAACCCCGUGGACAGGGCUGAGGAUGUUCGAGAUGCCAUGUCGAAAGCUCUGUAUGGGAGGCUCUUCAGCUGGAUUGUGAAUCGCAUCAAUACACUCCUGCAGCCAGACAAAAACAUAUGUCAUGCAGAUAAUGGAAUGAAUGUGGGAAUCUUGGACAUUUUUGGAUUCGAGAACUUUCAGAGAAAUUCAUUUGAGCAGCUCUGCAUAAACAUCGCCAAUGAGCAAAUCCAGUACUAUUUCAAUCAGCAUGUUUUUGCUCUUGAGCAGAUGGAGUACAAGAAUGAGGGCAUCGAUGCCAUGCCCGUGGAGUAUGAGGACAAUCGCCCACUCUUGGACAUGUUCCUCCAGAAGCCCCUGGGCCUGCUUGCACUUUUAGACGAGGAGAGUCGGUUUCCGCAAGCAAGGGACCAGACCUUGGUUGAUAAAUUUGAAAAUAACCUACGGUGCAAGUACUUCUGGAGGCCCAAAGGAGCGGAGCUAUGCUUUGGCAUUUGGCACUACGCUGGAAAGGUAUUAUAUGACGCUUCUGGGGUUCUUGAGAAAAACAGAGACACCCUCCCUGCUGAUGUGGUUAUAGUCCUGAGAACAUCAGAAAACAAGCUUCUUCAGCAACUCUUCUCCAUCCCUUUGACCAAAACAGGUAAUUUGGCCCAGACAAGAGCCAAGAUAAUUGCAUCCUCAAGAUCUUUGCCUCCACAUUUCAAUUCUGGGAGAGCUAAGGUGGACACCCUGGAGGUGCUACGGCAUCCGGAAGAAAGCACCAACAUGAAGAGGCAAACCAUGGCUUCUUACUUCCGGUAUUCUCUGAUGGACUUGCUCUCCAAAAUGGUGGUUGGACAGCCUCACUUUGUGCGUUGCAUUAAACCCAACGAUGACCGAGAGGCCCUGAAGUUCUCCCGAGAGAGGGUCCUCACCCAGCUCCGCUCCACAGGGAUCCUGGAGACCGUCAACAUCAGAAGGCAGGGCUAUUCCCACCGCAUCCUCUUCGAAGAGUUUGUGAAAAGGUAUUAUUACUUGGCAUUCAGAGCACAUCAAACGCCUCCUGCUAGUAAAGAGAGCUGUGCUGCUAUCUUGGAAAAGUCCAGAUUGGAUCACUGGGUACUGGGGAAAACAAAGGUUUUUCUCAAAUAUUACCAUGUCGAGCAAUUAAAUCUGCUACUGCGAGAAGUCAUAGGCAGAGUGGUUGUCCUACAGGCAUAUACCAAGGGGUGGCUUGGAGCCAGGAGAUACAAGAGAGUCAGAGAAAAGAGAGAGAAGGGUGCCAUCACCAUCCAGUCAGCCUGGAGAGGAUAUGAAGCUCGAAGCAAAUUCAAGAAAAUAAGCAACGGAAGGAGUGAGUCUGCUGUUCAUAUUCAAGCAGGUCUGAGGGCAGGUACUGAUCUGAAAAGCCAUCCAGAAGUGGAAUUUAACUAUGGCCAUGCAGAGACUUCAAACUACUCUCCUGCUGCCACUAAGAAAAAUUGGCAUUCACAGGCCCAGAGUUCUCCAACAGUGUGUGAUGUCUUUGCAAGACCUGCAAACAAGCACUCAGUGGCUGGGACUAAUGCACUAACUUCUUGGACACAUCAUGCUGCCCCAGAUCACCAAGGACUGGGUCCCUAUGAAGCCCCUUGGAAACCUGGUUCAGAAAAUGGUCUUGCACAGAAGCAGCGAACACCUCGCCGACGCUGUCAGCAGCCCAAAAUGUUGAGUAGCCCUGAGGACACCAUGUACUAUAACCAGUUAAAUGGAACUCUAGAAUAUCAAGGGAGCAAGAGGAAGCCAAGAAAACUUGGCCAAAUCAAAGCACUGGAUGGGGAAGAUGAAUACUACAAGUCUCUGUACCCUGUGGCUGCUAUCCCUGAGAACAUCGCAGCCCACCUUUUCUUUUUUUCCUCGACCUCACAGGGAAACUCUUUUGCUCAACACUGAGUUGUGCUUCCUGACCCCAAAUCUGCCCAAGACUUCAGGAUGCUGUGUUGCUGCUCUCGUCUGUAUCCUCCCAGCCUGUGGUGUCUUACUCAGAAAGGAGCCAAGCAAGCUCCUAGGAACCCAAGGCCCUUGCAACUCCCAGCAGGAGCAAGUCAGUGACUGACUCUGGACUUUGCCUUCUGCAGAGGCUUCCUGAGCUUUGACCACCCUGAAUAAGCUGCAGAUCAGGACCUCCCCCGGGACUCACCAGGCUCUAAAUCCUUUCCCGCCACACACACUAAGAGGACUCUGGUUCAUUCAUUUGUUCAACAUAUAUUUAAUGAGGACUGAAACGUACCAUGCUAGGUACUUGAGAUGCAACGGCAAGCAAGACACCAAGCCCCUGCCUUUAAGGAAUCCUCAUGUACAUACAGAUGGAGGCAGAUGCAUAUAUAAAGAGGCAAUUCCAACAUCCAGGAAAAGUGUCAUAAGAGGAACGGGUAAACUAGGAGAGCACAGUAAAGGGGCAAAACCAGUGGAAGGUUCUCAGGAGAAAGUACCACCCACCCUUAGACCUUAGCACCAUAGUAAGUCAUCCACACAAAUUCAUUUAGGCUUAUAUGUAGGAUCUGAAGCAUUUAUUGUUAUAGUCAUUGAGGAGUGUUAAGCCAAGAAUUAGCAAGACCUAACUUCAAUAUCCAGUGUGAUAAUAAGCACCAAUUUAUUGAGUUAUGUAUUAAUCCUCUACAUGUACUAUGCAUUCAUUACAUAAUACAUGCUUGCAAUACUAUGAGGUUGGUGUUACUGCCCCAUUUUAUAGAUGAGUUACUGAGGCAGAGCCAAGAUUUGAGCCCAGACAGCCUGACUUCAGUACCUAUGCUCUUAUGUACUCUGAUACACAACUGACCACACAGCUCAUUGCCACAAAGAGGAUUUAAUAAAUGUUUGAGACAUUCAGUAGCCACUUUUUUAUUUUCCCCUAGUCCAAGGGUUCCUACUAGCCAUGAUUCUCAAGUAAGUCACUCAGGAAACUUUUUAAAAAUGAAAUAACUGAAAAAAAUAAAUAUAUAUAUAUACACAAUGUACACAAAUAUUUACAGAGACCUAAUUUGUAAUAGCCCCAAACUGGAAAUAAUCAAAAAGUCCUUUAUUAGAUAAAUGAAGAAAUAAUGGUAUGUCCAUACAAUGGAAUGCUAUAUGGAAUGCUAUACAGCAAUUAAAAGGAGCAAUUGAUACGCACAACAACUUAAAUGGCUUUCAAGGGGAUUCUAUUGAGUGGGAAAAAAACCAUUUUAAAAAGGUUACAUACUAUACAAUUCCAUUUCUAUAACAUUCUCAAAAUGAUAAAAUUGGAGAGAUUAACAGAUUAAUGGUUGCCAAGGGUUAGUGACAGAAUGUGAGGUGUGGAUAUGUCUAUAAAGGGGUAGCAGGAAGGAGUUUUGCAAUAAAGCAAUAUUUCUGUAUCUUGGUUUCAGUAGUGGUUACAAAAACCUACAUGUGAUAAAAUGGCAUAGAAGUAUACACUUAUCAUAUUAAUGUCAAUGUCCUAAUUUUGAUAUUGAACUGUAGUUAUAUAAGAUAUGAUCAUUGGGGGAGGCUGGAUGAAGGGUAUAUGGGGCAUCUCUGUAUUUUAUAACUUCCAGGAUAUCUGUAAUCAUUUUAAUGUAAGAGCCUGUUUUUGUGUGUGUGGUGCUGGGGAUCAAACCCAGGGUCUUCGCUUGUUAAACUUGCACUCUACCACUGAGCUAACCUCCCAGCCCUUCAAUGUAAACAUUUUAAAAGAAAGAAGAAAAAAUUCAGUACCUAGGCCUCACAGAUUGUGAUUUUCUUCAUCUAAAUAGGGCCUGGGUUGUGGAUAUCUAUGAAAUCUCCCUGAUGAUUCUUACCUGCAGCCAGAGCUAAGCACCUCUGAGCCAGUGCCCAGAAUCCCUAGGGUUGGAGGCACUCUUGGAGAGCUCUAGCUGCCAGCUGGCACAAGACAAGUCCCUGAGGGGCCAGGACACCAGACAUAUCCUCUACUUACAGGCAGUGGACUGGGCUGGCCUUAGGUAAGAGUUCAACAAACAGCAACCUAAAGUCCUAAGUUGCUUGCUUGAUUGGGCUUGUUGCAGGUUUUACCUCUGGAAUUCUGGGCCCAUUUGCCCACAGAUGAAUUCCAGCUCCUGCAUGAGGACACAUUUCCCGACUGGAGGGCCCAGGUACUAGGCCCAGUUUCAGGGCAUAUUUAUUUCAUCUUUUACCAUGUCCUCAUUGGAAGCAUAGCCGAAUCCCAGAUGGUCAACGACAAUUUACCCUGGCUGGAUAAACUGUCCCCAGGACAGGUCUCAUACAGAAGGUGCCAAACAUGUUUUUAACACCUUGCACCCCAGUGUACAUUAACAUUUCCAAGUGGGUUAUUAAAUCAGUAUCAAUUAAGAGCAGGUCAAGAGUAUUCUGCUCAUACAUGGCAGUUGGCAGCUCAUGUUUCAGCUGAAAGUCUCCAAAACCUCUAACAGGGUUUCAAAUCAAGGAAGGAAAUAGCUAUUGGGUGACUGAAGCUCCCCAGUUUCCCUGGGACCACUAGCGAGAUGGGAGCCACAUGUGCCCCUAAGUUAACACAGUGGCCACCCAUGGAGCCUCUGGGCAGCUGGGGAGCAAGUCCUGGAAUGCAUUUUCUAGUAGCUGUGUCAGCUAAAUGGCAGACUUCCUGGUUGUGCUUUCUCUCUCUCUCUCUCUCUCUCUCUCUCUCUCUCUCUCUCUCUCUCUCUCUAGCCUUUUGGCUGUCAGUAUGCAGAGAUGUUCUGGCAGCUGGGGACCCGCCUUGGGCUAGAUGUGGGGUCAGAGUCCUGACGAACAGCUUUGUUCUCUUAAACACUAUUGUCAUCUGACUCACCUAUUACU